ACAAUACUCAUCUGUGGAAUACUAUCAUAGAUAUACAAAGAAGUAGAGAACAUUCCACUACGAACAUUUUGCCGCCUUCUUCUAACACAUUGGAUCUCAGCAGCUGGACAUAAUUACUUUAAACUACCAAUUGUACACUUCACAUGAGUUGGAUAAAUCGAUGUAGACUUUUGUAAAAACUUCAAUACAAUACACAAAUAAUGGUGAAAUAAACACAAAUAUAACUUUAUUUAUACAUCGAAAAAAAGACUUGAAACAAUGGGAAUAUACAAUUAUAUGAUAUUACUGAUUAUAUCCAACCUACUCUCCACUGAGUCAAAUAUAACACCGACUGAUCCUGAGUUGUUGGAGCAGCUAUGGAUUCAGUUGUAUCGUUACCUACCUGGACCAUCAAUGGGGCCUAAAUUAUCAUCAGAGCUAUCUCCAAGUAUCACACUUUCUGUAAGUGUUGACAAUUUAGAAUUGAUACACGACAGAAAUCAACUUAUUUGUCGAGCAAGUCUUACACUAUUCGCUGAAUGGCCAGUAACAGAUUCCCGUGUAGCUGAAAGUAGUCUAGUCGAUAUGGUUGGUGGCGGUGUUCGACUUGAUGUUGACAGAGUUUGGCAUCCUCAACUUGUUGUCAAAGGUGCUUUCAAACAUGAUCGUUUUCACCAACGUUUAGAAUUACGCAACACAUACACUGGAGGCAAUACACUUCCCAAGCCUACAAAUCCAACAAAUUCAUUGAAUCGAGUACAGUCUGGAUUUGCUUCACGUGGACUACCCAAUGAGUCAACAGUACAAUCUAUUCGUUCUCAUAAUCGUGGGAAGACAUUGAAAGUUGUCCCAGAAGGGGAUACACCGAAUUAUGCAUUUACAGAAAGCAUGGUGGUAGAAGUUGCUUGUCAAGAACCGAAAAGAUUUCAUCAUAUUGGAGCAAUUGUCUGUCCAAUUUGGAUAAAACAAGAAGGUUUUAUGAAAACUCAACCCGUUAUCAAGUGGACUGAGCGUAAAUGUUGCCUUGUUUCAAGUGAUGUACACAAAAAGUCGUCUUAUUUAAGUGUGACAAAACGUUAUGAUGAACAUAUUGAUAAGUCUGGCCCAGAUCAAAGUCUUGGGAUUAACAUUUGUUUCUCUCAGAGUGGUAGAAUAUUUCAAGGCAGUUUACCACCACUGCUUCUUGUACUUAUCUCUAUUACACUGUUGUGGACAAGUCAAUUGGGAACACAAAAUCUUAGUUGUACACAGCUGCUUCUAUUCUUGCUUUCAAUUGUAUUCUGGUUAUGGAUGAAUGGACAAAACCUGGAUAAUUCUACGUCCACUGGAUUCCUUAAUGUAUGGUGUUUAUUGUGUUCGUGUUCCAUCGGUGUAGUCUACCUGUUUACUUUAAUUCAUUAUCGUUUCGUAUGUCGAUUCCUUAGAAAAAAGUAUCAACAAUUAGAUCGUCUAUCCUCUUUUGGUUUGAAUCAUAACAAACCAUCUACUGUUAAUGACAGAAUAAAUGGACCAGUAUCAAUUCAAGGAUAUGGAUGUUGUGGAAAUUGUGGUGCCUGUCCAGACUCAUGUACUAGUUGUAUAGCUGGUAGAACAAGUACAGGAUUUGUUUCAUCGAACGGGACUGCUGUGUGUUGCAGUAACAGUAGUUGUGGUUUGUCGGCUGGUAGCGGUCAUGCUUGUCAAGGACUACCUAUAUUACAGACAAAUGCUACUGCAAACAAUAGUCCAGGACCUAUGGGAUUCACACAAACAAUGGGACUGUCUGUGAGUAAAAGGGAAACUUAUGGUGAGAAUUAUUUAUGCUCAGGGAGUUCUGAAUCUGGCAACGGAAUAAACAAUGGUACAUUUCGUGGUUUGAAAUGGCGUAAUUUAAGACGAACAAAUAAUAACGGUGGUAGCAACAACAACAACAAUAAUAACAACCCCAACCCCAAUCUGUUAGGUGUUGAUCUUAAUCAGUCAGAUUGUCAUGUGUGUCAAUCACACCUGAUCGACACUUCAUUAUCCCCGCCUACAGCUAAUCUCCUGCCUAGAAAUCAAUAUUUACCUGUAUCACAAUUUACCAGUGUAUAUAAUUUCAAUGUAAAUAACUAUCCAUCAAGUUAUUGUUUAACUGGAUUAAAAACUUUACUGACUACCUGUUUCUGUCUAAUGAGUACUAUCUAUUGGAUAAGUAUAUUUGCACAAGGUACAUUGCCUGAAACAUGUCUUGGAGUAUCAGUUUGUCAAAUCAUAGAAGUGGACCGUGGGUAGGUGUAAUCGAUCCUCUAUUGAAUAUAAACACACAUAUAUCCUAACAAGCUUUUGUUUUUCAAUUGUGAAGAGAAACUACCAACUAACGAUAAUAUCAUUGCCAUAAUCUUAGGACUAUAACGUAUAUUUAUAUACUGAAGUUUGCAUACAAUUACAUAUAUAUACAUAUAUAUCUUUAUAUACAUUAUAGUAUCUUAUGUUUCAAAUUCAAACCUUUUUUAAGUGCAUAAAGAACUGAGAAUAUGUAUGCACAUAUAUGAUAUAGUGAAGAAAACUGUGUCCUGAAUAUAAGAAGGAAUGCAUUUUAGCUUGACUGAAAUGUAGGCUUCACUACAUUGUUGAGCGAUGUAUAUUUUUAUCUAAUAUUCGAAAAUUAAAAACCUUCUUUACUGAUUAUGAAACCGAAAACACUG